GGCCGGGAAGCGCCUCUGGCCGGUCUCGGGCCGCCCCGCGACACGGAGAGCUGUUUGGGCUCGCUGCUCGAGCUGAAAACGGCCAGGCCGAGGGGCCGCGGGGCUGCGGGGCGGCGAAAGCCGAGGGCGUGGGUGGGCGCGCCGGGUCAGCAGGGAAGGCUGUCCGCCCGCUAGGCGCCGCUGCGUAUUUGGUAAAUGGGAGGUGACGCUGGUGACCGAGAGCCGGGGCCCGCUGCCAGGAGCCUGGGCGAGGGCCAGGCUGGCUUUGCUACAGCUGACCACUCCGGUCAGGAGAGAGAGACUGAGAAGGCUGUGGAUCAACUAGAGUCUCGCUCUGUCACCAGGCUGGAGUACAGUGGCAUGAUGUCAGCUCACCGCAACCUCCGCUUCCCAGCCCGUGGAGCACAGAGCAUCCCUAAUGACAGUCCUGCCCGGGGUGAGGGCACCCAUUCUGAAGAGGAAGGCUUUGCCAUGGAUGAGGAGGACUCUGAUGGAGAACUGAAUACCUGGGAGCUGUCAGAAGGGACAAACUGUCCACCCAAGGAACAGCCUGGCAAUCUUUUUAAUGAGGACUGGGACUUGGAGUUGAAAGCAGAUCAAGGGAGUCCAUAUGAUGCUGACGACAUCCAGGAGAGCAUUUCUCAAGAGCUCAAACCUUGGGUGUGCUGUGCCCCACAAGGAGACAUGAUCUAUGACCCCAGCUGGCACCAUCCGCCUCCACUGGUACCCUAUUAUUCCAAAAUGGUCUUUGAAACAGGACAGUUUGACGAUGCUGAAGAUUGAGUGUGGAGCUUUCUGCCUUGUAGGUGGGCGGGCCUCCACGUCAGGAUGUCUUUUCCUGUCUUGGAGGUGAAAAGUCGUAUCUGAGAAAAUGUUUGCAGUGACCCCUAGUCUGGGGUACACAGACCAGUGUUCCUUAUUGAACAGUGUUCAAUAAGGCCCCGUUGUUCUCGCCAGUCUGUUGUUGUUCUGAAUGGGCUCCUCCUUGAAAUGUGUGUGUGUUUGUGUCAAGAGGAGUUGUGUUCUUUGUAAAUAAAGGUUAAAAAAAGAAA